AUGGUGCGACAUAGUUCCGAGGCCCCCAGUACUACUCCUGGGGGACAGACCACCCUGGGCUCCUCGUUCUAUCCACCGGAGUAUAUUUGGAAUUCUCUCUCUGAUACCCAACGCGAUUCAUUUAUGUCCACAGUGUCCGCUUCCCUCGUUGCGGGCGACGGGCAGCGUAAGCGCCCACGUAUAGAUCUCACCACAGAGGAGGAUAUCGACGACGGUAGGGUUCCGUCUCUUGUUUUGCCAGUCCUCCCCCGCUUCCCCGGUCUCGACCGUGCUGCCAUUAUAGCCGUUUUUGAACACACCUUCCGCCCAAAGAAGGACCUCAUAAAACUUCGCAGCCCCGAAUUCAAAGCCUCGGCACCGGAUGGCGAGUCCUUCGACUUGAAGUCCACAUCGUCUGGCCUGCAAUUCCGCAAGGUGGUUUCAAUCAAGGACUGGGGCAAUGACGCAUCCCUGUGGGCCCACUGCUUUAGCAAUUAUAUCGCUAUCUGGUGUGAUUUCUUCGCUGCCAAGCACUCACUAUGCAUCAGUGGAAUGGUCCUUUUCCACCGCCGUAUUUGUGACCUUGCCAGGGCAUAUAAGUGGCAGGAGUGUAUCCUGCAAAUGGCCUUAGACCACCAUCAGAUGGUCGUCGAUAAAGGCGACCUUGCCGUUUCUCUUGGCGACUGGGAAAUUGGGAAAGCUCUCGAAAGCUCCUACCUACGCCCGGAUAACGUGCUCCCAGCAAAGACAGCGCUGACUACCCCAACCACACGGUCAACGCGCUCAACCGCCGCCUCAAACAACGAUUCUGUCAUCUGUGAAAAGUUCAACUCUUUUGCUGGCUGUCACUGGCGAACAUGUCACCGUAGGCACGUCUGCUCUAAGUGCGGCAACGAACACUCUAUGAUAAGCUGCAAAGUGAAACCAGCGAGUUAG